AUGGAAAUCAACAGUCUCGUGAACCGCCUGUCUCAUCUCUGCAUCAAGAACCCACACAUCCUCAACGUCCACCCAUUCCUCGGGCAAUGCAUCCCCCAUCCUUUCACCUCCAUGGCGAACGACGUGCUCUCUGCAGGACGCGACAUCAUUCAGAAGAUCCGCGACAACAUAACCUACAUCAUGACUUCUGAGAGUCGCGUGGAUAUGUUCUUCAUGCUCAAACUCCAGCUCCUGGUCCCCGGGGAUGCAGGUUUGCUCUUUGAGAAACCGAGCCAGUGGAGCACGACGUAUGAGAUGCUGCAAUCCGCUUGGGACAUGAAAGAAGUCUUCUCCUGCUUGGACACCCUCAUUCCUGAAUACGGAGAAGCCGAUGCUCCAACCAUGGAAGAUUGGAAUCGGGUUGAAAUCAUCUGCAACCACUUGAAGCCCCUCGUCGAUGCAACGAACUCGCUCGUCUCCUCCUCCUCCUCCCCCCCUUGCCCUCCUGCUGCCACAUUGUUGAUGAAGGCCAUGGGUGUCCACUUGCAGAUUGCUGAAUUUGCAGACAGCGGCGAUCAGUUCGUCCGCAGCUUCGUCGAGCCGAUGCAGGGGAAGAUGGAGGAGUACUGGAAACAAUGUGGUGUGGCUCUCGCGAUUGCUGUUGCCAUGGAUCCUCGCUACAAGAUGCAGCUCGUGGAGUUCAGCUUCCCCAAAAUCUUUGGCGACGAGUCCUCUUCUGUCUACGUGAAGAUGGUCGAUGAUGGGGUUCAUGAGCUCUUUGCUGAGUACCUUGCAGCGCUUUCUCCACCACCUCCAUACGCAGCUAAUUACGGCUGCAGUGGGGGAGGGAGUGUUUCGGAGCACGGGCUGGCGGAUUUCGAUGUGUUCAUCACGGAGACGACGACGAGCCAGCAGCAGUACAAGUCGGAGUUGGACCGGUAUCUGGACGAGUGGCUCGAGAGUAGGAGCUCCGAUUUGGACGUGGUGGAAUGGUGGAAUCGGGACAGUGUGAGGGCGAGGUACCCGACGCUGUCGAAGAUGGCGAUGGAUAUCUUGAGCAUACCUGUGGCUACUGCUUGA